AUGUUGGGCCUACGAUCGUCGUUGAUCGUUUCGACGAUCAUCUCGACUUUUUCGCUUUUGGCGAUUGUUGUGAUCCUUCCGAUUUUUUUCAUGAAGGUCCAACGAGCCAAUACAUUCAUGCUCACACAGAUUUAUGAUUGUAGGCAAGACACCACAGAUAUUUGGAAGCAAGUGACCCACGAGAGUAUGCGAGGAAAAAGAUCUUACGGCAGAGUGGAUGCACCAAUGAUUCCGCUCGGGAAAUGUUGCAGUUGCCAGCAAGGCAAACCAGGCCCGCCGGGUCCGCGAGGAGUUGAUGGAAAACCUGGAAAGCCGGGAAUGAUUGGAUUGAACGGUCGGAACGGAAGAGACGGCAAAUAUGUGGCGGCUGAGAAUCACAAUGAGCUCGCCUGCCAGAAGUGUCCGCCAGCGCCGCCAGGUCCGCCAGGCCAUCCGGGCAGAAAGGGACCACGCGGAAAUCCUGGCAAGCCGGGCACACCGGGACACAACGGAAUCCCUGGAAGAGCCGGACCACCUGGACCAUCGGGAGUGCGAGGACCGCCGGGAGAAAUCGGAAUGCAGGGACCACAAGGGGAUCCUGGAAAGGUGUUGAACGGAGCCCCACAGGGACCACCAGGACGGCCAGGAAAAGUUGGACCACGAGGACGAGCUGGACAGACAGGAAGGGACGGCCGACCGGGUCUCGAAGGAGUUGCCGGACCACGCGGGACACAAGGCGAACGAGGUGCUCGAGGAGCACGCGGACCACCGGGACCACCGGGACCUUCUGGACCAUUGGGACGAAAAGGGACUUGCAAUCACUGUCCGACUGAACGCGAAGGACCAACAGCUCCAGUCGAAAAGGAAUUGUUCCCGUACGAGGAGCCUGCUCCGAUUCCGACCACCACCACCACCACAUCUGCGCCAUCAACUCAGGCUUAUCAACCACCUGCACCCACAUUCGAACUUCCGCCGACAAUCAACUACGAGGAUACGGUAGCGCAACCGCCGCACAAACACUAUGGUGAUGUCGAGUCGAUACCCGCUCGACAGUACGCCUCGAAGACUCGAGUCGAGCCCGUCAAACCCCGAAGCUUCGGAUAUUCGAAUGAGCAACUGUCGGCGUUCGCCCCAGCUUCUUUCGUCGGAACAUCAGCAACCACGGAUCAAUAUGGGCGACCAAGAACCAUUCAGACACAUAAGGGAUAUAACGUUCAAAUCAUGGGAUCCGGAGCCACAUACGACGCGAAUCCGGUCGCCAACGGCUGGUCGACGCCGCCGCGAGCCGGCUCCGCCCAGCACGCCGAGUUUCUCUCGCCUCCACCCGCCGGACCCAAUACGUAUGCAUGA